GGUCGGCGGUAGCAUGCCAUGUUACGGCCGUACGCGCAGCUUUACGGCAGUGUGCUGCUGCUGGGCUCCUGAUGGUUUGUACGAACAUGAAAGCUGGCGUCGAACAGCAGGAACUCCACAGCUCUAUAUGUGAGCGACACAGACUGAGCUGAAACUUCCACGUCUCUUGUUUCUGAGCAGAGGUUCCAGGUUUCACCGCCUCGGGUCCUCUUUGUUUACAUCCAAAGACUUUGGAACCGAGUCUGCUCGUCUGCCAUCAGAUUCAUAAAUGGUUGCAUGCAGGACUUUCCCCUGCCAGUACCUGCGAUGGUCCAGAACUGCGACCCAAGCCCUCAUCCUGUCAGUGCUCACGUUUUGCGUGGUUCUUCCUCUGUGCUGCCAGCACCUGCUGUACUCUUACUACUUCCUGCGGUUCAUGUACCUGGACUCCAUGAGCGAUGUCGCCCUUGGCGACAGCCUCCAUCAAGGUCAGGAGGCUCUGCGCUUCUGGGAAAACAGCGCCGCCCCACCCAGCUUCAAGGACAUGAGCCACAAUCCAGAGGUGCUGGUUACCGUGGUGACAGCCAGGAGGAGGGAGGCGCUGGACUUCCACUACCUCCUGCGGGUGAUGCGGCAGCUUAGCGACAUCCUCGGAAGCUGUGGGCGGCGCCGAUGUGCUGAGGUGCUGCUCUGCGACGUGGAGAGUAGCUCUAUGGAGAACGAGGACGCCAAACUGCUGGAGAACCACUUUAAGGUCAUCCGGCGCUCCUCUGAAGAGCAGAACCUCCAGGAUCAAGUCAACACCUUCGAGAAGGAGAAGCGGGACUACGUCUUCUGUCUCCGCAAAGGAUGGGAGCUGGUUAGGCCCAAAAACGUGAUCGUCCUGGAGGACGAUGCUCUGCCCAGACAGGACUUCUUCAAAGUUGUGAAGGACCUGCUGUCCCGCCGGUUUGCCCUCCAGACUCUCUACAUAAAGCUUUAUCACCCCGAGAGGCUGCAAAGAUACUUGAACCCAGAACCGUACCGGAUCUUGGAGUGGGUGGGGCUGGGUUUGGUCUGCGCAACAGUUUUCCUCUGUCUAUUGCCUUACUGGAAUCCUUUGUCUUUCUCCUUCACUCUGUCACCCGCCCACCUCGUCUUCUUCACCCUCUACUUCAUGCUUGCUGCUGAGAUGCUGGGGAGGCACUACCUCUUAGAGGUGCGUAGAAUCUCCCCCCAGCUCUAUGCGGUCUCCCCAGCCACAGAGUGCUGCACUCCUGCCAUGCUCUUCCCCGGAAACUCCUCCCUCAGAGUGGCGGAGUUCCUGGAUGCCUCGUUCUGCGUCAGAGGGAACGCCAAAGACAUGGUUCUGUACCAGAUGGCCCGGACCACACCCGGGGAGCGGUCUCACAGCGUGGAACCCAACCUCGUCACUCACAUUGGAGCCUAUUCUUCAGUCAGACCCAAUCCGGUCCGGCCCAAACUCAUCUGACAGAACCUGAGGAAGGUGACACUGUUUCACACAUAUCUCAUUUUCUCACACUGGUUUGAACAAUGUGAACUUUUGUUGGUCUGGAGUUUUUAUUUUUUAUUUUUAUUUUUACUUUUUGCAGGUUUGGGUGCUUUAGAUUUUCCCAGAGUUGCUUUGUACGUUUUACAAACCACACCUGAAUAUUUGGAAGCAAAAGAGUUUUUGCUAAACUUUGCUUUGACCUUUCUGAAAAUGUUCUUCACUAGCAGCUCAUCAGAAGCCAUCUGUGAGGUUCGAUCCAGGGUUUAUAUCUUUAUGCUGUAAUCUUUUGAUAAUCAUUUGAGGGAACUUUCAGUUCAGGUUGUCUGGAUUUUGCUUUUCAAACCAAAAAAAAAUGUCUUUAAAGCCACUUGUUUCUGAAAUGUUAGCUAAUCGUGUUGAAGCGAUAAAGAUGCACUUUGAUUAUUAUUAUUUUUGUUUAAUGCUAAUGCACAUUUGAAGUUGUUUGCAUGAUAACUAGUGAUGGACAAAAGAAGACAAUAAUAUAUUAUAGAUCAUAGGUAAUAAAGACAAAAUCUUGUUAGAAACACGUAGAACAUGAGUUUAAGGCUUUUUCACCCCUGAAGUAACUGAACAGGAACAUGUGACGCAUAAAACACUGCCAUACUACUUUGUUGGAGAAUACUGACAGCACUUUACUAUUUAUGCAACAACAUUUAAAACCCAACAACCUUCGUUUGAACUCCAACACUUUCCUGUCAGCCGUCAGGAGCUGCAGUGGAAGGAAAAGGCUGCUCGACCCUUUAAAUCAGCUACAAGAUAAAGGAUGAAAGUCGAAAAGGGAAAGCUAAUACUUUAAAAAACUCCCUUAAAAAAUUCUUAAAAUGCUGCCAGAAAUGCUUAAAAGGUUACAUAGAGAAUAUUAUGUAAAAAAUCAAGAAAAAUCUCGUAAAUGCCCCCAAAUAUUAUGUAGAGUAAUCUGCUAAACACACCGUUGACUGCAUAAAUAACACAAAAAUUAUUGAAUUUGUUAUAAAAUAAAUUCAAACCUAGCUAACUUUUCUUCUUGAAAAUCUUGAAACAUGCUCAGACAAAAACUAAAUGCUUUUUCUUAAUAGGAAUGUUCUUUAUUCCCCCGAUCAAGCAGAGUGACGACACAUCAAUCAUUUCAUCAAAAUAUUAAUAAUGCAAAUCUUUUCUUUUUUCUGUUUGGACUGUUUCUUCACACCACACAACAUGUUUAAGUCCAUAAUCUUCCUCAAAACUACACUUUAUAUGUACAAAAAUGGUAAAAGGAUUUUCUCCUUUUUGAAUCCGUUAAAUGUUUUUAUAAUCAAAAAUAAAUAUUGUUUCAAAAUCAGACAGUUUACUUACAGAUUUUGAUUCCAUCAUAAACAUGUUUGAUGUUCAGACACCGCAAAAUCUGUUUGUUGUGUAACUGUUUUCCUUAUAUGACGAGAAUAAAACGCCAAAGUGCCCAAACUUUAAAACAAUAAACUACAGAGAAAACUGUUAAUGUAUCACUGAAUGUGCCUCUGAUGUUUUGACUUUCUGUGAAAUGAUGUUCAAGAUUUAUUAAUAAAAAGUUCAAGAGUUGUGCUGUUGGAAA